GCCGCCGCAGCAGCAGCAGCAGCAGCUCCGCGAUGGCGGCGAGCGCCGGGGCGGGCAAGGGCAGCGCCAGCCCCAGCUCCUGCUCCAGCUCCGAGCGCCACGCCCGCCUCCUCCUGGCCCAGAUCAACCGGCUGCGCGCCGGGCAGUGCUUCUGCGACGUGCGGCUGGAGGUGGGCCCGGAGGCGUUCGCCGUGCACCGCCUGGUGCUGGCGGCCAGCAGCCCCUACUUCGCGGCGCUGUUCGCGGGCGGCAUGAAGGAGACCGGGCGGGACGUGGUGCGGAUCGCGGGCGUGGAGGCGGGCACCUUCCACACGCUGCUCGACUUCAUCUACACAGGGGUGGUGAGCAUCGCGGAGCACAACGUCCAGGAGCUCAUCGUCGCCGCCGACAUGCUGCAGCUCACCGAGGUGGUGGAGCUCUGCUGCGAGUUCCUCAAGGGGCAGAUCGACCCGCUGAACUGCAUCGGCCUCUUCCAGUUCUCCGAGCAGAUCGCCUGUCACGACCUGAUGGAGUUCACCGAGAGCUACAUCCACGCGCACUUCCUGGAGGUGCAGGGCGGGGAGGAGUUCCUGGCGCUCACCAAGGAGCAGCUCGUGAAGAUCCUGCGGAGCGAGGACCUGAGCAUCGAGGACGAGUACCAGGUGUUCAUAGCGGCCAUGCAAUGGAUUCUGAAGGAUGUGGGGAAAAGAAAGAAAUACGUCGUAGAAGUGCUGGAGCCUGUUCGAUUCCCUCUGCUGCCGGCACAGAGGCUGUUAAAAUACAUAGAAAGUAUUCCAGAUUUCAGUCUUCGGGUGGCUCUGCAAACUCUGUUGAAAGAAUAUUGUGAAGUCUCUAAAUCUCCCAAAGAGAACAAGGUCAGCAGUUUUCUGCAGGCUUCUAAAGGUCGUCCCCGGAGGAAAGCCAGGAAGUACCUUUAUGCAGUAGGUGGGUACAACAGACUGCAGGGAGGACGCUGGAGUGACAGCAGAGCCCUCAGCUGUGUGGAGCGAUUUGACACUUUCAGCCACUACUGGACCACAGUGUCCUCUCUCCACCAGGCCCGGAGCGGGCUGGGGGUGGCUGUGGUGGGAGGAAUGGUCUAUGCCAUUGGAGGUGAGGACAACUCGAUGAUUUUCGACUGUACGGAAUGUUAUGACCCUGUUACGAAGCAGUGGACAACUGUGGCUUCCAUGAACCAUCCCCGUUGUGCACUGGGAGUGUGCACGUGCUAUGGUGCUAUCUAUGCUUUGGGAGGUUGGGUUGGAGCAGAGAUCGGCAACACAAUUGAAAGAUUUGAUCCUGAAGAAAAUUGUUGGGAUGUGGUGGGAAGCAUGGCUAUGCCCCGUUACUGCUUUGGGUGUUGUGAAAUGCAAGGUUUGAUUUACGUUGUUGGUGGUGUCAGCAGCGAAGGAGUAGAGCUCCGCUCCGUCGAAGUCUACGACCCGAUAUCCAAACGUUGGUCUGAGCUCGCUCCCAUGGGCACCCGGAGAGCCUAUCUUGGUGUGGCUGCUCUCAACGAUUGUAUCUACGCCGUGGGAGGCUCGAGUGAAUCUCAGGAUGCACUUGCUAGUGUAGAAAGAUACUCAUUCGAAGAGGAAAAGUGGGUUGAAGUUGCUCCGAUGAAGAUCCCAAGAGCUGGUGUGUGUGUUGUGGCUGUGAAUGGACUCCUCUAUGCCUUGGGAGGCCGAGCUCCCAGUCCUGAUUUUGCUGCUCCGGUAACCUCUGACUCUGUGGAAGUUUAUAACCCUCAUAUGGACAGUUGGACCGAAAUUGCCAACAUGAUCACCAGCCGCUGCGAAGGAGGUGUGGCCGUGCUGUAAAACACAAAGAAGAAAACUCACUGAAGGAAUGAAUAAAUCUGUCUCCUCAGAUCUCCGGCUUCAUAGGCCAGAAACCUUUUUUAACACAGGAGCUGCAGCGGAGAAUUAGAUCAGAGGGAUUUUCCUGAGCCAAAGGAAAAGCCCUUCAAAGUAAAUUGGCUUAUCCAGUGUCUGUCUUGGGAAGUAUUCUGUUAAGAGUAGGAAUGCCUCUUAUAACUGGAUUAAGCUCACUGAAAUAAAUGGUGAAUUUGCCCCGUAAAAAUCUGAAGAAAUAAUUCCAGCACGUCAGAGACAUUAAUCAGGUUGUUAACUCUCUCAGGUGCACCCAAGCUGGCAUUUUAGUUGCCCUUGCAAUCUGGAAGGGGGUUACUAUGGACAGCAAGGAGUUACCUGGAGAUAAGACCAGGUGGGCAAUUUGGAUGGCAUUAGUUGUCUUUUUCUGGUGGAAAACAAGGAAGAGAAGGUAACAAAGGGGAAGCUUGGUGUCUCUACUUAUGACCUUGAUACAUUUGAGCCUCUUUUCUGCACCUGGACAUUAAAUAUGAAUUGGAUAUUUACUUUCUGGCUACUCCACUCACUUGGAUGGUGAGUGGCUGAGAAUUUCCUGUUUUGGAAGGUUAUCCUUACAGUUCUAAUAAUGUCAUUCCACUUCAGCAUUGGCUUUUCUUCUCAGUGGUAUCAGCUAUGACAGUAGAGCUCCUUUUUGUGUAAGCUCUGAUCAAUUUUAAAUGGAAAUGCUAUUCAUUAGAUUUGCUGUUCUCUUUAGGACUGCUCUUAGUAAAAAAAAUUAGGGAAAGCCUUUUGCCCCCGUUUUGUUUCCCCACAGUUAAAUGUGCUUUUACCCAGUGUGACACAUGCUGAGACUUGGCAUUGGAGUAUUUGCUGUUCUACAAGGCACACAGUUCACCUUCACUAUAUCUUGUGCCUCUUCCAAAUUUGAGCCAGUGGAGCUUUCUGUGAUAGAAUUAGCUGCACUCAGCAUUAAAGUGAUGCUAUCAGUGUGCUCUUGAGGAGUUUGUAUUUGGCUUGGAUACAUCUAGUAGAACAAUACUACUAGGAGUUUGGAGUUUUUUCUAAAUUCAUUUAAUUAACAAAUUUGAUGUUGCUUUUUGCACACUUGUGAUUGCAUUUUCUGCACAGCUGGGGAGGAUUUGGAUGGAGCCUGAAGUGAGGCUGCUUGAACUUUGAUAGACAGUGUUAUUCUGGAACACAAAACCACAAGUGGAAUGUCACUGAACAGGAAGCCUGCACUGUGUAGACAAAGGAGCAUUCAUGCUGUCUAGGUCAACAUCCCCUGUGUAAAAGUAACUAAUUAAUACAGGAAUCAAAUCCUCCAAGGUGAGUGCUGCAGGUACCUUAAGAAUCUAGGUUUUAAAAUCUGACAUAGGGUUGGGCUAAAACAUGCUACAUGAUGGAGUUUCUUUCUCUGAUUGUUCUAUAAUCUUGUGUGUGCUUUUACUUCAGAGGAUUUCUUAUAUGUCUGAAUUAAUGUCUAUUUUUUUCAAGUAUAAGCUUGUAUUAAACAGCAUUUCAUAAUAAAAUGUGUUUUCAGAACUGACUGUG